AUGACUGCAGAAUCCCCUAAUACAGAGAACCUGCGCACGGCGUUGUUUGACACCCACGUAGCCUUGGGGGCCCGUAUGGUGCCGUUCGGCGGAUGGGAUAUGCCCGUGCAGUAUGGGGGCAUCAUCAACGAGGUUGCUGCCGUUCGCAAUGGCGCCGGAUUGUUCGAUGUCUCUCACAUGGGUCGCUUACACCUGGAUGGCCCCAACGCCGCUGCUCUGUUGGACAUUCUUCUGACGGGAUCAGCGUCGGGUCUCAGGGUUGGCCGGGCGCGGUACUGUUUCAUCUGCAAAGAAGACGGCGGCGUAAUUGACGACACCAUCUUCUACCGGUUGUCCGAGGACGAAUUUUUGCUCAUCCCCAAUGCCGGCAAUCGGCCGGGGGUUUCACUGUGGUUCGAUAGGCAGCUUGCCCAGCAUUUCGACGGCAGGGGAGUGCAGAUUACGGACCGGACCAUUGCCACGGGGCUGAUAGCCUUACAGGGCCCAUCAGCUGCCGAGAUAAUCGACCGUAUCUGCGAAGAUUUUUCGCCGGGCACCCGUGUGGCGCACAACCCGGGCCGAUCGCCGGUCCCGUCAACGCUGCGACCGUUUUCCUGGGGUCGCGGCCACAUCGACGGCCGCAGGGUGUUCGUUGGCCGCACCGGAUACACCGGAGAGGACGGCUUCGAGAUUGCUUUGGGUUCAGGCGACGCCCCCGUUAUUUGGGAACAACUUUGCGCCGCCGGGGCAGUGGCCUGUGGCCUGGGAGCCCGCGACGUAUUGAGAUUGGAGGCGGGGUUGCCAUUGCACGGUCACGAAUUGGCGGACGACAUUUCCCCGAUCGAAGCCGGAAUGGGCCGUUUUGUACGGCGCGAUGGCGGAUUCAACGGGGCCGAUGUCCUCGACCACCAAAGGGUGUACGGCACGCCGCGUCAGCUGGUCGGCCUGACUUUGCCCGGUCGCAGCGCUCCUCGCGCCGGGUACGAGGUAUUUCGCUAA